GCCUGCAGCAUCCACACUCCCAGUCCUGAGAGCUGCACUGUUACUGAGAGCAUCCACAGAAGUUCAGCCACUCAGGAAAACCACCUGGAUUCCUGCAGCAGAAGCACAAACUUCUCACAGCCUCUGUAUUUUGGACUCAACCCCUGAGCUUAGAUCACUGCAGACCAUUUACACCAAAGACUGAUAAAGAUGCAGCAGCACUCACACUGCUCUCUGCUCCUUCUCCUCAUGGCUUUCCUCACUGGGAUGGUUCUGUCCCUUCCUCCAACUUCUCACAGGAGCAGAGUGAGACGUCAGAAUAUGAAAGUCCGCAUCAGCGCCACAGGAGACACCAUCGUGAUGAAGUUUCUGCGUCCUAACAUUGACACCAAGCUUGAGGGCUACAUCCUGGGGUACGGCAGCAGCAUGUUCUCCAAACAGUUCAUUCAGCUGCCUGAGAACGGACAGCCAUAUGAGACUGAGUUUGAUGCUGAACCCAAGUAUCUUAUAGCUGUACAGCCUAUCCCAGUCAAUGAGGUGAAAAAGCAGUGCAAAGGUAAAGUGGAACUGGAAAAGCCGCUACAUUUGGUCAUUGGGUCGGUGACCCCCACCUCAGUCCUUCUGUCCUGGGGGACACUGCUGAAAACCCCCUAUGAAGGGAACAUUAUGAAUGACUGUUUAGAAGAUGGACACUAUACGGUUCGUUACCGUGAGAAGAACAGGAAGUGGAACUACCAGACCUGCCCGACUAGUGAUACGGUCAUUGACAAUCUGAAGCCGCACACCGUCUAUGAAUUUGGUGUCCAGCCUAAUUCUAAAGAUGGCACCGGGUUGUGGAGCAAACCCGUGCUUCACAACAUCAGCACUGCAGGUGUCCAAGAAAAGGUUGUCAGAAGAAUCUUCAAGUAUCCCAUCAGCCCUGUGAAACCCUUCACUCCUGCUCCUCCAUCCUUCUUGGUUCCUCCUCAACACACUCCUAAAAACAGGACGCGGGCCCGACAGUCCUUCUCCAGAAUCAAAAUCCCACAAGCAACUCUUGCUCCUACAACAGCUGCUAAGCAGAUAUUUUUGCCAACCCAUGGACCCAAACUAUCUGUGAUCAACAAGCAGCCUAUCGUCACACAAAACCCAGGAGGAGAAGAACUCUCCAGACCUGUUUUUACUCCUUUCCCAGAGGUUCUUCUAGCUCCCAAGGUUCGCUCUGAAGUACUUGUUGCAGUCACCAUAGCAUCUGUACCAGUAUACCAAGGCAGACUGGAAAAUCAUGGAGACCAUCCAAAACAAAUCCCCCAUCCUCUACCUAAAGCACAAACUGAACCUAACUCAAAGCAUCUACAGCACCCACCACAGCCAAUGCCGAAACCUCACCUUCCUCCACUGAAAUCCAUUGAUGAAAGUAUGCCAAAACCACAUACAACAUCCCAACCUGACCUCCAAACCAAACCAGAACCUCAAGUGACAAUCCAGACUGAACCUCAGACCGAGCCACUUUCAGAACCUAAACCAGAUUUCCAAUCAGUUCCUUGGACAACAGUAAUGCCUCACUCUGAACCAAAGCCUCAGCCAUCACCCCGGACCAAACAGCAAAACCAGCUGCUAACACAUCUGCAACCAAAGACCCACACCAAACCGCAAACACAACUUCAGACAGCUUCUCUGCCACUCCCUGUGACACAUCAUCAAACCACGCCGCCACCACCCCAGUACAUAGAUUAUGAAGAAGCGGCACCAACGAAGACCCACCCCCAACCUCCACUUCAGCCAGAUAUUUAUUUUUUGAAAAAUCCACAAAACCAUUCACCAGCACCGACAACACCAAAAACACAACCUCAGUUAAUCCAACCAACACAAAAACCAAAGAUGAUAUUUGAUCAUUCUAAGUCUACCCCACAAUAUGUACCCAUGAAUUUAGGAGUAAAAUAUCAAAAACCUACAACAAAGCCAAGAAUUAAGAACCAACAUGGUCUCCCAAACCUUCAAUCACGCCCUCAGCCACAGUUUCCACAAAAGUCCCCAUUUCAACCUAAAGGUCUACCGAAGGAACGUCAACCAAGGAUUCAGUCUCAGCCUCAGACCAGGACCAAGUCUGAUCACUCCAAGGGUUCUCCAAGGAAGACAGUUCAUAGGGCUCCUAGUCAUCCAGAAGAGGGAAAACCUCUAUCAAGACCUGGCCUGGCCACAGAGAAGGCUGGUAGUUACAAUCUUGGUUCUGGCACCAUUAGAUCUCCAAACCAAACCAGAGCCAGAACAUCCAUUGCUGAAGUUCCCCGUUCUGCCGUUAGCUCAUCGGUUUCCACAGGAGGAAGAAAUGCCACGGUGACUCGCAACCGGGUUGCUUCUCAUUCCAGUAAUCCUGGUGUCCAAACAUUCUCUCCAUCCAAGACAGCUACCUCCCCAGCUACCUCCUCUCACUCUUCCAACACACCUGACGCCAGUGGGGCACAACAUAGGGGCAAUGCUCUUCCUAAACCUGUCGCAUGGUCAAGAGAAAAACCUGUUCAACGACCCUCUGUUUCUGGCAACAAGACACCAAACCUGGUGGGGAAAACAAGUGAUCAUGAUAAACCCAUGGAUCUGAAACAAGGAGACCAGGAGUCCACCUUGAAGUCAUUCCUGCUGGUCACACCCAAACCAAAGCCUAAACAGAGGCAGCAGACAACCACAGUGGUCCCAGCAGUUAACAGCACUCGUUUGGAUCUAAAUGAAAACUCCUCCAUUUUCAGCUCCUUGCCUGCAUCAGAGGUAGACAUAAUGGGCAAAAAACGCUUUAUAGCUCCUCAUGUCAUCUACAAGACAGAUAAGAAGCCAGAUGAGCCGUGCUCCAUCACCUCCUCCCUGGCUUACUUCUCUGAUGAGGAAGGCGGUGAUGUGAAUGUCACUGGUCCUCCUCGCACACCACCAUCCAACCUCACUGUGGUUACUGUGGAGGGCUGCCCUUCCUUCGUCAUUCUGGACUGGGAGAAAUCUGAUAAUGAAACCAGAGAGUAUGAGGUAGUGUCAACAACCACAGGCCCGAACGGACAGAAAGUGUCAAUCCUGACAACCAACCAGACACACACAACGGUGGAAAAUCUUACACCAGACAGCAGUUAUGAAUUCAAAGUUACACCAAAAAAUGAGCUUGGAACUGGACCAUCCAGUGAUCCUGUCACUUUUAACACAGAAUCAGCGGAUCCACGUGUAAGCGAGCAGGCCUCAGGAAAAGAUGCCAUCUGGACACAGUUCCCAUUUAAAGCUGAUGCCUAUUCUGAAUGUAGCGGAAAGCAGUACAUAAAGAGGACUUGGUACAGAAAAUUCGUGGGAAUCCAGCUCUGUAACUCCUUGAGAUACAAGAUCUACUUGAGUGACUCCCUUAAUGGGAAGUUUUACAACAUCGGGGAUCAGACAGGGCAUGGUGAAGACCACUGUCAGUUUGUAGACUCUUUCCUGGACGGUCGGACUGGAACCCAGAUGUUGGCUGACCAGCUACCAAGCCGGCCAGGGUUCUUCAGAGCGUUGAGACAGGAACCGGUCAUGUUCGGACAGAUUGGAGGAAAGUCUCAUGUGACAUACGUUGGCUGGUAUGAGUGUGGCACACCCAUACCUGGAAAAUGGUAAAAUUCCCCAUGGCUUUCUUGGAUGAUGUCUUUAUCCAUUGUGAGAAGAAAGAUAAGAUGCCUGAUCAGGCCUGAAGGAACUUGAGACCAUCUUCUUGGACCGCAACAUCUGUUUGAUUUUUCAUUGCAACCUUCCAGGGUUGAACCUUUAAAGGACUAUUGUGUCUCACAAAACCAAACUAUAACAAUUUGUGUAUUUAUGAAACAAAAUCUCACUAUGGAUGACAGUAGGUCACAAAGAUACUGUUGGGAAGCUGGCUCCCAAACUGUAGUAACUUGGGUGAUAAUAUUUAUCGAGGUGUUGUUAAUGAACAGUCUGUGUGCAGUCAGAUGUCUGAGAUGUUGAAGGAGAAAAAUGUGUCCAAUACUUCUCUGUCAGAGAGCACACACUGUGGCCAUGUGUGUACAGAGAAAAACUACUUUCAUGGUACGUGUACAGUGCAAAAACACAGAAAUGCAAAACUGACCUUCGGAUGUUGGAUUAAAAUCAGUUGCAGAUUGCACAGUGUUAAACUUAUGUUCAUAUAUGUAUAUGGUGUGAAAAAUGAUACAUUUCUCUGUUUUAAUACAUUUCUGUGGCUUUGACAAAUCUUAACCUAAUAUAAGAAAGCCAAAGUUUAGAAGUAGUAGAGAUUUUCUUUUUUUAUAGGCAAAUACAGGUCAAAUGUAUGUAUGUAUUAAUGUUAUUGUCUUUCCUGAUUUUAGUUGUUUAUUGUGCAAUUUAUGCUUCCAGCAAUAAAUUUGGUUUUUAUACUUCCA